UGUGUUUAAGAAUUGGUACUUUUUUGUUUUACAUAAAAGGAUUAUAAAUUGUAUAAAUUUUUGGUGAAGUUGUUAAUACAAAAUAUUAAAGGAAUUAAUUUCUUGUUGGUUAAAAUUGUAUUCUUUUAAAAAAACGUUAAGGUUGGUUUCUUAUUUGGAAGGCAUUCUUAUCAAAAUUUCGAUUAGUACGCGAACUAUUAGGGCAAAGUAACGACGACUCAUCAAAUAUAGAUCGGAAAGAUAAAACAGUAUCUAAAACAAAAAAAAUUCGUAGGGACUAAAACCGGAAUAAAAUUAAUUUCUUCUUAAUACAAUAAUUUAUAAAUAAAUUCUAACAUAAUUAAUUAAAAAAAGUUACAUAAAAUCGAACACAAAGAUGAAUAUACGUUGUGCAAGACCUGAAGAUUUAAUGAAUAUGCAACAUUGUAAUUUAUUAUGCUUACCAGAAAACUAUCAAAUGAAAUAUUAUUUUUAUCAUGGAUUAACCUGGCCUCAACUAAGUUAUGUUGCUGAAGAUGAUAAAGGUAAUAUUGUUGGAUACGUUUUAGCGAAAAUGGAAGAGCCUGAACCUGGUGAAGAAAGUAAACAUGGUCAUAUUACAUCUUUAGCUGUUAAAAGAUCAUAUCGUCGAUUAGGUUUGGCUCAAAAAUUAAUGAAUCAAGCCUCACAAGCUAUGGUAGAAUGUUUUGAUGCUCAUUAUGUUUCAUUACAUGUUCGUAAAAGUAAUCGUGCAGCAUUGAAUUUAUAUACAAAUUCAUUAGGUUUUAAAAUAUUGGAAAUUGAACCAAAAUAUUAUGCUGAUGGUGAAGAUGCAUAUUCAAUGAGAAGAGAUUUAAGUGAAAUAGCUAAAAAAAUUCAUGUUGAUAGGGUUAAUGAUGUAACUGGAAAUGUAACUGGUGGUAGUAAAAAUUCACAUAAAUCACAUGAUCAUAGUAUGCAUGAUGGUCACUGUUGUUGAUUAGAAUUUAAAAAAAUAAACAAAUUGUAAAAAAAAAAAAAUUAAAAAAAAAAAAAAAACAAGAUUGCAUAGGGCAUUUAGAUGGAAGUUCUUUUUUAUUUCUAAUUCCUAAUUUAGAAAUAGUAAUUAAGUAAAAAUUUUUUUUUUGUCGGAAAUUUUGGUAUAAUAGUGUACUAAAACGAAAUAAAUAAUAUUACCUAUGAUUACGGUAAACAAAAAUCUA